AUGGGCCUGGCUGGGGCCCUGCGCCGCCUGAGCGGCGCGGCGGAGCCGGGGUCAGGGUCGGGGCCGGGCCGGGCUGACCCGGAGGCGGGGCCGGGGCCGUGCGGGAACGGCUGGGCCCCGGCGGGCGCGGGCGCAGGCUCGCGGCGGCGCGGGCGCUUCGUGAAGAAGGACGGGCACUGCAACGUGCGCUUCGUGCACCUGGGCGGCCAGGGCGCGCGCUACCUGAGCGACCUGUUCACCACGUGCGUGGACGUGCGCUGGCGCUGGAUGUGCCUGCUCUUCUCCUGCUCCUUCCUGGCGUCCUGGCUGCUCUUCGGCCUGGCCUUCUGGCUCAUCGCCUCGCUGCACGGCGACCUGGCCGCGCCGCCGCCGCCCGCGCCCUGCUUCUCGCAGGUGGCCAGCUUCCUGGCCGCCUUCCUCUUCGCGCUGGAGACGCAGACGUCCAUCGGCUACGGCGUGCGCAGCGUCACCGAGGAGUGCCCGGCCGCCGUGGCCGCCGUGGUGCUGCAGUGCAUCGCCGGCUGCGUGCUCGACGCCUUCGUCGUCGGCGCCGUCAUGGCCAAGAUGGCCAAGCCCAAGAAGCGCAACGAGACGCUGGUCUUCAGCGAGAACGCCGUGGUGGCGCUGCGCGACCGCCGCCUCUGCCUCAUGUGGCGGGUGGGCAACCUGCGGCGCAGCCACCUGGUGGAGGCCCACGUGCGGGCCCAGCUGCUGCAGCCCCGAGUGACCCCAGAGGGGGAGUACAUCCCUCUGGAUCACCAGGACGUGGACGUGGGCUUUGACGGAGGCACGGAUCGCAUCUUCCUAGUGUCACCCAUUACUAUCGUGCAUGAGAUCGACUCGUCCAGUCCGCUGUAUGAGCUGGGCCGGGCGGAGCUGGCCCGGGCAGACUUUGAGCUGGUGGUCAUCCUAGAGGGCAUGGUGGAGGCCACAGCGAUGACCACACAGUGCCGCUCCUCUUACCUCCCUGGGGAGCUGUUGUGGGGCCAUCGUUUCGAGCCUGUCCUCUUCCAGCGGGGCUCACAGUAUGAAGUGGACUAUCGCCAUUUCCAUCGCACUUACGAGGUCCCAGGGACGCCGGUGUGCAGUGCCAAGGAGCUGGAUGAGCGCGCUGAGCAGGCUUCCCACAGCCCCAAGUCCAGCUUCCCUGGCUCCCUGGCCGCAUUUUGUUACGAAAAUGAACUUGCUCUCAGCUGCUGCCAGGAGGAAGAGGAUGAGGAGGAGACCCAGGAAGAGCCGGGGCAGGAGGCAGAAGACAGAGCUGCCAGCCCCAGAGUUAUCUCACCAACCCUGCCGCUGACCCUGCCUCCUUGACCCCAGCAGGUGUCCCCAUCCCCGCUGGUGUCCCCUUCCCAGAAGGAGCAGGAUGGAGAGCGAUCGGCCCCUCUUCUGGGAUGU